UUCCCCCCCUUCUUCUUUUCUUUUUCCAAACUUUGGGAAAGAACUUUGUCAUUCAAGAAGUAAAAGGUAUUAGGUCAGCAGAACCAAAAGGCUGAAUCAGUGCCCAAAGGAGCUUCCUCUAUCUAGACCUGUUGAGAAGAGCAGUACAAAAAUGGGCAAGUUGGUGGGCUACUACUACUGCUACUACUGGUCCGAUUAUGAAACAUAAAAUUCGUACUGGAAAGAAAAAGAAAACAAUAGGGACCCAAGUGGCACAGAGGCUAAAAUUGAGGGGUGUUUCUAGAUCUUUUCCCAAUCCCUUAAACCUCAGCAUGGGACAUUCAGUGACCAAAAGAAGAAACAAGAAUGAGUAAUUUAACGAUAAGGAAAAAGGUUCAGAAGAAAUUCAAGGUAAGAGGUUACACACUGAAAGUGGACGCUCUUGAUGAGAUUCUUCCCUUUGUCAACCGUUUCCAAGGAGCUGAAGACGACGCCAUUGAUGUCCUUUUAGACCGCCUUCAGUCCGAAUCACAGAAAGUGGGAGUGAGAUCAUCGAUUAUAGAUAAGGAGCCAAUACGUCGUGUUAUUAGCAGUUUAGUGGAAGCUCUUGAUGCUGUUGAGGAAGGCCCCAGCGAGUCUGUUUCUACUUCUUCUUCUUCCUCUGCUAUUCGUGUGGUUGAUGCUUUUCUGGUCCCCAAGUUUCGUUUCGAUCCCAUCAAAAAGCAAUUUUAUCAGUAUACAGGGGGGCUUUCUAUUCAUGGCGACUCCUCUGCAAAAGCUGCUUUGUACAAGGAUAGGUAUCUCUUGCUCUUCCAGAGAGUCUCUCGGGAUCAGCAUUUUUCCAAGCCAGCAUUUGACACUGAAAUUUCUGAUUAUGGAAGUUGUGAGAUAGCAACGAUUCAGUCUCUGGUUGGACAAACGGGAAGACGGUGGGUCAUGGGUGUGAUAUCUCAAUUGGAGGAUGGCCAUUUCUACUUGGAAGAUCUUACUGCAUCAGUGGAAAUCAAUUUGUCUAAAGCAAAAAUAACAACAGGGUUCUUGUCUGAAAACACAAUAGUUGUUGCAGAAGGUGAGAUGCUUUUGGAUGGUGUUUUUCAGGUAUUUACUUGUGGUUUUCCUCCUUUAGAGGACAGAGACAAGUCACUAAAAGUACUUGCAAAACAUGAUUUCUUUGGUGGUGGUAGUUUGACAAAAGAGGAAACUCUAGGACUUGAAGAGCUGGAAUGUAAAGCUGUUAAUGACAUGUUUGUCAUACUCUCAGACAUAUGGCUAGACAGUGAAGAGGCUAUGGGGAAGCUGGAGAUGGUACUUGAUGGCUUUGAGAUUCAAGAAGUUGUCCCUUCAUUGUUUGUUUUCAUGGGGAACUUUUGUUCUCAUCCAUGCAAUCUUUCCUUUCAUUCAUUUUCAACUCUCAGACUACAGUUUGGAAAGCUAGGGAAAAUGAUUGCAGCACAUCAAAGGCUUAAAGAGCAUAGUCGCUUUCUCUUUAUUCCAGGUCCUGAUGAUGCAGGUCCAUCAACAGUUCUUCCUAGAUGCGCUUUACCAAAGUAUCUAACUGAGGAUCUUCAGAAGCACAUUCCAAAUGCCAUAUUUUCAACUAAUCCUUGCAGGGUCAAGUUCUACACUCAAGAAAUUGUAUUUUUUCGUCAUGAUUUGCUGUAUAGGAUGCAUCGUUCAUGCUUGAUGCCUCCUUCUACAGAGGAGACUGCUGAUCCCUUUGAACAUCUGGUUGCUACCAUAACCCAUCAAAGUCAUCUUUGCCCGCUGCCUCUUAUUGUUCAACCAAUUAUCUGGAAUUAUGACCACUGCCUCCAUCUUUAUCCAUCUCCACACACGAUUGUUUUAGGUGACAAAAGCGAGCAGAAGGCAUUCAAAUACACAGGAAUUACUUGUUUCAACCCUGGAUCCUUCUCAAAUGACAGCACUUUCGUAGCAUAUCGUCCUUGCACGCAGGAAGUCGAACUUUCAUCCCUGUGACUAUCAGCAUAGGUUUGUAUGUAGCUAGAUGUAUACGACUGAAACAUCAAGUCAGAAUGCCACCCUGUCCAGAUGAAAAUAUGAUGCGAAACAUGAAUUUGGAAUUCUACCUCACCAGUCGUCUAGGGGAACAGUCUUGACUAUAGUUUUUUAACUAGUGCCUGUUAAUGUAUCGCACCCCCAUCAAUCAUUUGUGAAAUUCUUUAUGCCUAAUUUGUAUUUUUUUUGGUAAAAUUAUAAGAAGUAAAUUAUUGUAGUAAAAACCCAUUAGUCUUUAUUUGGUGAAUAGAGUUUGUUAGCAGAAUAUA